AUGCAGACCUCGUCGGCCGUUGGCCUUGGUGCAGUGCCGCCAAGCAGUGAUCCGCAGCGCCUCUUGAGCUAUGUGCUGAACAUUAUGCCUCAAUACACGUCUAUGGAGCUGAGCACGAUGCACUUCCGACUGUACAACCAGCAUCUGCGCUUGGAGCUGGAGCAGAUGCGGCAAACACUCGAGUUCAUGCAGGAGCGCGCGCACGACGAGGAGGACAAGCGACUGUUCCUCGAGAAGUAUGCGAGUGAAGUGGUCAAGGAGCGAAACGAGUUGCUGCAUCACAAAGGCAAGAAGUCGCACAAGCUGUGGCACAAUUGCUGUCGGAAGCAUGCGUCCUACGACUUGGACGUGACCCCUUCCAUCGCGUCCCUCCGCGGUGAAAAGCUCACGGAAGUGGGGCUGCAGUUGAAGCAAAACAUGCAAGCUCUACAGGAAAAGGACCGACUGCUUCAAACCGCCCAGCAUCUCGCGCACACCAAGCAAAUCGAAUUGGACGCGCACAUGUCGAGCUGUCGCAAGGAGCGGGAUCAACUGCAUGACUACAUUGCCCAAAUCUCGGGCCUCCAAACGGCCCAAGAGCGUCAGCUUUACGAGGCACAGAGUCAACUAGCCGUGGAAGUUGAAGCUAACGACAAGAGCCAUGGCGAAAUCGACCAGCUGCACCGUCGUCUGGAGCAGGUCGAAGGGCAAUUAGAAGAACAGAGUGCCGUAUUAGCCGACAAAGACAGUCAAAUCCAGCAUUUGACGCACCUUUUAGAGAACGCCGCAGAUGUGGAGCGUCAGCUGCAGGACGAAUGCCGGCGACUGGCCCAUCCAGGCCGCCAUGCCGAGAUUGAGGCGCUGCACAGUCAAGUGGAAGCGUUGCAGACGGCGGACAUGACUCAACUCACGCGAAAGUACACCAAGCACAUCCAAGUGCUCCAAGACCAGCUGGACAGGCAGAGCCGCACAAUCGACGGACUCGAGCAAGAACUGCAUCGCUUUCGACCGAUGACGCUGGACGACAUGUCGGACAAGGACACGCCGCCGUCCGUGGCCGCGUCGUCGUGGCAUGAUAGCCUUGGGUCGGUGUCUCAGUACUCCCGGGUGUCUCUUUUCGAAGCGUCCCACCCACUGCCGCCGUCGUUGGUGUCGCAAGGUCGAAGUCGUUCGCGUAGUAGUAGUAGCAGUAGUAGUAGUCGCCGUAGCCGCAGUCGUACGAGUAGUACUAGUAGCAAGCCACAUGCUGGCAGCGACAUCGAUCGAGAUGGGAUUUUGCACCAGUUGCAACUGCUGGUGCACGAGUCUACCCACAGACGCCAAGUGGAAGAAGCCCAAGCUAGGAUGGACCAAGAUUAUCUCGGCCUCGUCCGACGUCGCGUCGAUGCCUAUGCGUCGCAUUAAGAUGAAAACUACUUCGAAG